AUGAAGCUCCCACUCCUCGUCACCCUGCUCUCUGCAACUCUUUCUUAUGCCGCACCUACAUCCACCACCAUCUGCGGUCCCGACGAAGCAAUCAUCCUCCUAAGCAACAACACCACCAAGACCAUCAAGAAAGCCGACCUCAAGGCCCAAAUUCCAAACCUCACCUUCCUCCCACCCACCGACUCAACACCACCCUUUAUCACCAGCGCCUCCAACCACAGGAACAACACCACCACCAAGCGCAGCUCUUCCACAAACCUCAUAAUUCCCCUGGAACCACAGAGUUUCCUCGGCUGGGACAUCGCCAUGUCCACCAUCACGCACGCCAAUGAAGCCCCUGUCACCCUCGCCAUCCAAUCCGGACAAAUGAUCGCCAACAGCGUCACCACCGGCGUCUCGUCCGACGUCACCCUCAUCGAGGACUUCCUUUCCCUGACCACAAGUAUCAGCUACCAGCACACCACGACGAGCACGAUCACGGGCACUGUGACGAUGACGAUCCCGAAGGGCAAAUGGGGCGCCAUUGUGAGUAAUCCUCUGACGCAUCGGAGCCGUGGGUAUGUGUUCAAUGGGGAGCCGGGAAAUGGAGGCACAUUUGAGUAUUACCAGGCAGACAGCUAUGAGGAUACGAGUUAUACGUAUGGCGAGGUAAAUGAAAAGAUUGACCGUUCAAUACGGCCACCGCAGCUUUCCUUGAUCCUUCGCGAUAACAAUGUUCUCCAACUGGAGGAGCAGCAACAAAUCCAAGAUGCGCUCGAGAAAAGUCGGCAAUACUGGUAUCAAAUCGCGAACUUGGCCUUUCAGCUGCGGGACACAGGUUUGAUUCCUGAGUUCACAAAUCCUCGCUUCGCUCUACAUAGAACCCCGAAACUUCAAGCCCAGUCUGAACGGCUCCACAUUCGCCCAUAUGGAAUGACUCCUAUACUCAGUCUUUGCUGUGAAGCUUCUUCUAUCUGGACACUGUCUGGAGACCAGGAUUGCGGCAAACUCAAGAAGCAGAAAUCACACCCUACCUUGAUACAAGUCGGCACUGCUGCUGCUACGACUUUCAGCUUCACCGAGGGCGCAUUCAGUUCAUUGAGCAGCGACACGAGCGAAGAACAUUCGAACGGACCCAAUUACCUGGGGAUCCUCGCUCUUGGAUGGUGCUAUGUCCUAUCUGCACAGCUCGUUGAGAUGCGAGGUGGGGAUUCUUCUAUGCAGUACACCAGUUUUCAGACAGGGUACAGCAAUGAAAGCUUACCUAAUGUCUCACAAGUCCACAUCGUCGAUAUUGGGGAAGUGGAGGAGAACGUAGCUCGCUGGUGGUCCGCAUUACUCGCACUGAAUGGAUGGAAAGCUACAGUGAAACAAACGCCCCAAGGGGAUUUUCUGGCACCGUGGUCGGUUUCCCGUACCUGUAAAACGCAAUUCUCGAUUAAAUAUAAGGGCGCCCCCUCAUCAAACCAUGACCUGAUGCCCUUAUCCUCAGGGAGCGCGUUUGAGGCACUUGUUGAAUUCGCACGUCUGUAUGGAUUGCAAAGCCAAUUCCUCAUUGCUCUUACGAUAGCUCUGAUAAUCCCGACGCAUAAGUAUUAUAAGCAAUCUGCCAAACUGCCUCUUCCCCGAGCGAGCGGUGCAAAAUCAAUUGACGUACCCAUGGAUACUGAAUGGGUGAAAUUGAAGGAAGACUUGCCCUACUACAUGACUCUGAGCUGCAGCCCGGAAGUAAUGAUGUCGACUUUCUGUGGAGCAUUCUGGGAGCACGAUGUCCCCUGUAACCUUGUCAGCCCAUGGCUACAUCCCAUCAUCAAUGAGGUUCUAGGUGCUUUGCCAGAGAAUGAACUAGAAGUUCUUGCUUUUAUCGGUGCGAUCCGCCAGCCCUGUUUCGGUGCUUUCUGGAUUGGAGCUGUUGCAAGCGGGCUCGGCCCACAAAUACUCCACAGAGUAAGAGAAGGCCGACCACCUGUUGACGCGGUCGCCUUUCCCUGGACUGGAUGCCCACAGCGCUUUCUGCACUUUGCAGGAUCAGGCCCCUACACUUGCAAAGACCGGAAUUACAUCUUGAGAGAAGAUGUCUGGCGGUUGACACAUUAUCCUUCAACCGAGGAGGACAAUGAGGGCUAUCAACAUGGGCCUAGAGUGCCUUGGGCCCCUUGCGGAGCAUCUCUUAUAAACGACUGUGCUCUCUAUGUCACCGCACACGUAGACUGCCCCCGGCAUGAAUAUAAGUAUGACCAUUGGGAGUGGUAUUUGCCGGACGGCACUGCAAUGCAGGACCGCGGGUUCUCGGAACAAGUAACGCCAGCUGUAUCUGAGGGUCGUUUCGACAAUAUCCAGUUAAAGACACGUAGGGAUUUUAGACGAACCAAGAUGGACCAGGAAGCUUCCAGAGAGGCUUCGGGGCAAGUAUUCUUAUGGUACUUUUUCGGUGGGGAAGGCUUGCCCUCGGAGAGCAUUUACCAGGAAGAAUGGCUUAAAGGAAAUAUGGGAAAACAAUAUGAGUGA